UUUUGUAUGAAUUGGGAGACCAUCUGUGGGAAAAUUUAUGAUGGAUAUCUGGAUGGACAGACUCAUCAAUCACAACGCAAAGAAUACAGAAAACAACGAUUAAGCACGUGCAUGCCAAGGAUGAGAACAUUAUCUACAACAAUGGGCCAUUUGGCAAAUUGGUGCAGCACAUUUAAGAAGGUGCGCUUAAAAGGGGUGAUUGAUGUCCAGAAGACACGAAAGAGUCGACUAAUCCACUACCUAAUUGGACUUUUCUGGAUACUGGAAUUUUUUGGGUGUUUCGGGAGGACCCUUGCGAAUCAUCCUCCCAGGUUUCUAAUAGACGGACAUUCCGAAAUCGUACUUAGGCUAAAGGAGGGCCCAGACACACCAGUUGGAUCAUUAAUUUAUCGCCUCAAAGGAGUUGAUCCAGAUGGAGAUCCUCUCACCUUUGGAAUCAAGGAUUCAAUUCCAGGAAGUGAAGUUCUAAGAGUAGAGAAUGUCGGGAUGAAUCAAGCAAAUUUAUUCCUUGCUCAGGAAUUAGAUAGAGAAACCAAAGAUGAAUAUUCGAUAGUGUUAACGUUGACGGACAAUCGCCUGGGGGAUGGAAAUUUCGUUACACAGAGCCUCUUACUUCUGGUUGAGGACGUCAAUGACAACGAACCUGUCUUCAAACCCUUUCAAGCUGCCCUGGAAGUCCCGGAAGGCAGUCGUCCAGGAGUUAUUACAACUGUCGAGGCAACUGAUAGCGAUGAGGGUGCUUUCGGCCAAGUCAUCUACUACCUCCAAGAAUUAGAUGGUGAUAACGAUGUCUUCUCCAUCACAACAACUCAGGGAAAGGGCGUAAUCCGCCUAAUGAGAGACCUCGACUACGAACGCAAGAGCCUCUACCAGUUGCGCAUCCUGGCCGUUGAUCGAGCAAAUCAAGGCAAAGUUAACACGGGAAGUGCAGCUCUUUUGGUCAAAGUCAAAGAUAUGGAAGAUCAGCCACCAGAAUUUGUCGCAGUGACUCCGGUAAUACGGGUGUCUGAAGACAUUCCGGCGGGUUCAAAAGUUGCUCACGUUAAAGCCAUUGACGGUGAUCGGGGCGUCAACAAUGAAAUUCGGUACUCUAUGAGAAAUGGCUUUGGGCUGUUUGGUAUUCACGAGAAGUCAGGUGUUAUCGUUACAGUUAAGACACUCGACAGAGAGAAUCCCGACAAUCAAAUAAAUGGGGCGUAUAUUGUGGAGGUUGUUGCUACUGAAAAUUCCAAAAUUGUCAACCCACCACCAUCCGUUAAAACGGAAAUUACCAUCAUCCUAACGGACGUGAAUGAUGAAACACCACGUUUCAGGGAAACUGCUUACGAAUGCGAAGUUAAUGAAAAUGCUCAAGAAAAUACACCUAUUACAUUUCUUGGACAUUCUUUAAUCAACGAAGUCUUUGAUCAUGAUCAGGGCCUCAAUGGUACCUUUGAUCUAGCCCUAGUCCCGCCCAAUGAAAUUUUCGAAGUCACACCUAGCCGAGCAAUAAAUGAAGCAACAUUCCUCAUUCGCGUUAAGGAUUCCACAUUCUUGGACUUUGAAAAAGUUACCCAACUGAACUUUACCCUUGUAGCUCGGGAAGUGGCUGAUAAGACCAGAUGGACUGCAGUUCCAGUUAAGAUUCAUAUUCGGGAUCAAAAUGACAAUUACCCGGAGUUCGCGAACCGGAUAUACGAAGUGUCAAUCCAGGAGAACAGCGGCGUAGGAACUACGGUGGGUCAAGUAGAUGCUUUUGAUUUGGAUUCAGGAAAUUACGGAACUCGCGGGAUUAGAUAUACAAACAUGGGAGGAGGAAUAGCUCAUCUACUGCAUUUAAAUGCCAUUUCUGGAGUAAUUACUGUGAAAUCCCCUGGCGGACACUCUUUCGAUCGUGAACUAGUAUCUAGGCAUUACCUAACCGUUGAGGCUAGAGACAAUUUAGGACAAGGCAAUAGGAAUACGGUUCAGUUGAUCAUCAAUAUCGAGGAUGUCAACGACAACUCUCCAGUCUUCGUCCAAAGCAAAUAUGAAGUUAGAUUGAUGGAGAACAAGGUGGCUUUCGAAACUCCUUUAAUUGUCGAAGCUAAAGAUAAUGAUCUUAAUGGAACAAAAAACAGCGAGAUUACAUACGAACUCGUAGAUGGAGAAUUUCGAGAUAACUUUACUAUCGAUUCGAAAACUGGUCUCAUUGAACCAACAGGACCUAUGGAUUUUGAACUAAUCGCUGGAGGAUCUUCAAACAUACGUCCACUCUAUCUCACAGUUAAUGCCAAAGACGGAGGUAUUCCUAGUCUGUCAGCUCGGGUUCCCGUUGUAGUCUACCUUCACGAUAUCAAUGAUCAUGCUCCACAGUUUCAACACUCCUACUAUCGUCGAGCUAUACAUGAAGACCUCCCCAGUGGAUCUUCAAUUUUGGAAGUGAAAGCUUCGGAUAAGGAUGGAUCUGCUCCCAACAAUGUUGUAGUCUAUCGAAUUCAGAAGGGUGCAAGUGACAAAUUCGUUAUCGGUAGCGAUACUGGGAUUAUCUCAAUAGCACCUGGAGCAUCUCUUGAUCCAGAUCUCACCAAUCCAAAAAUCGAUCAAUACUCGCUUGUUGUUGUAGCACUGGACAGUGGAAUAGGAGAUCAACAACUAAUGACAUCAACAGUUGUUAAUAUUACAAUAAUCGAUGUCAACAACAAACCACCCCAUUUUGCAGAUCCUGGAACAGUUUCUGUUAAAGAAAACACACCGGUUGGAACUUACGUAUACCGGUUAAUGGCUACAGAUCCUGACGCUAAGCCACUUUUGAGAUAUAGCGUUGAUACUUCAACUUCUGAAGCACGAUCUGAAGAAGGAGCAAUUGUUAAGCUAUCUGAAUAUGACUACCUUAGCGCAUUUGAGAUUAAUCCUGUUGAUGGUCUAGUUAGGGUUGUUAAGCUGAUAGAUCGAGAGAAAGUUGAACAGAUCAAACUAGGGUUCACGGUUGAAGAUAUUGCAGCAGCCAAAGGAAGACAGACCGUAGCUGGAACUCUAUCAAUAGUGAUUGAAGAUGAAAAUGACAACAGCCCGAAAUUUAGGAAACCAUUUUAUAAACGAUCAAUUACUGAAAAUAGCCCCAAUGGUGUUACGAUAGUUAACAUUGUGGCCUACGAUGUUGAUAAAAAUCGCACAAUAACCUAUUCCCUGGAAGGUCCUUCAGAUAUCACGAAUCUCGUACAUCUGGAUUCUGAGUCUGGAGAGAUAGUAGUUGCCAAUAGGAUUGAUCAUGAAGUACACAAGUGGCUAAACUUUACUGUAAAAGCAACAGAUUCAGGGGUUCCUAGUCGAUCCUCUCUCGUUGAUGUAUUUCUGGACGUUAUAGAUGAAAACGACAACAGACCAUACUUCUUGGGAGAUAUGAGAAAUCUUUCUGUAGCUGAAAAUGCUCCUAUUGGAACUAAGAUAGCAACUGUUCGAGCUGAAGAUGCAGAUUCUGGAGAUUUUGGGAAGAUCACCUACUUAAUGGACAGGAUCAGUUCCCAAGGGAAAUUCACCAUUGAUGCUGAUACAGGGGUUAUUACUGUUGCAGACAAAAUCGAUAGGGAAGUUAAGGAUGACUACAUGAUCGUUAUUGAAGCUUGGGACAACUAUCAAUUUGGUUAUCUCAGUGGGGAGAGUCGGAACACCUUCAAGCAACUUUUUAUUAAGAUUAUUGAUGAGAACGACUCACCGCCUGUUCUUCACUUUCCCGUGGGAUGUGUGCAAAUAACCGAAUACCACGAUCUUCGAGAAUUCGUAGCAAAGAUUAAAGCUACUGAUGCAGAUGAUCCAAAAACUCCAAAUGGAAUUGUGGAAUUUGAGUUGUUGUCCAAUGAAAGCGCUGAUUUGUUCAAAAUCAUUAAGAUUGAUUCAUGGUCAGCGGCAAUCUUUGCAAAAAACUCUCUUCAAGGAUUCUAUGGAAACUACACACUCACGAUAUCAGCUAGAGAUCUUGGUACUCCAGCCAAUGUAGUCUCGCGAAAACUUGAAAUUUGUGUAUCCGAUUUUAACGAUCAUGCUCCAAUCUUCGUAUCUCCAGCUAACAAUGUUACCAUUAGAAUUCCAGAAAAUGCAACAGUAGGAAGUUUUAUAAUCCAAGUUGUUGCCCGAGAUGACGAUGUUGGACCGAAUGCAGCUGUUUUGUAUCGCUUGAAACCCGAUCCUAUCGGUAGUUACAGGAUGUUUGAGAUAGAUUCCAAAACAGGAGUGAUCUCACUGAAGCAUCAAUUGGAUCGGGAAAGACAGAGAAUUCAUGAGAUAAGAGUUGAAGCAUACGAUCAAGGAAUUCCUACUCCACUUAGUUCUGAUUUAGACCUGACAGUUUACGUUCGGAAUGUUAAUGAUUACGAGCCUCAGUUUUUAGUGGAGGAGAUCACAGUCAAUUUUACCGAACAUGCUCAUCCUGGAACCGAAAAGAGAAAACUCCCAGACACAGUUGAUCGGGAUGAAGUUGAUGAGCUAGAUGAUCCUCCAAGUGUCGUUUGCUAUUACAUUGUUUAUGGGAAUGAGGAUAAGACUUUCCAACUGGAUCCUGAAUCUCACAUUCUCACAGUUUCCCGGGAACUUGAUCGAGAAAUCCAAGCCAAUCAUACUCUUAUCAUAAAAGCCACUGAAGAUUGCAUUAAUGUUCCGAAAGCUCUGAGCGUUGGAGGAGCUAUGUCUGCACCAAUAAAACGACAGCUUCCUGAAGUAAACAGGACACUACCGAUCCGGACGAAGACCUUCAGCAGCAAAUAUGUUGACUAUUUCGAUCGUUUCAAGCACUCGAGGAAUCUACGAAGCAUCGAAGAGGAAGUUGAAGACUUCAGGGAUCCCAUUUACGAAAGUUUGGAGAGUGGAGCUUUGCUGUCGGAAGACAGCACCCUCGUGAGGGUCACUGUCUUUGUCAAUGACAUUAACGACAAUGCUCCAAAAUUUAUAAGCAAAGUAUUUACGGGGGGAGUUACCACAGCUGCAGACUUUGGGAUGAAAUUUAUGCAAGUCAAAGCUAUCGAUAAGGAUGAUGGGAAAAAUGCUAAGAUCACGUACUACCAAAUAGGAUCAAUCCAAAAAACCCUUACGGAGGGCUUGGAAAAUUUACAGAAACCACCAUUCCUGGUUGAUGUUGAUACUGGAGAGAUCCAGCUCAACUUUGACCCAUUGAAAGGCAUGAAAGGAUACUUUGACUUCAUGGUUAUUGCCAAUGAUACAGAUGGUCUACAGGAUGUUGCUCAUGUCUUUAUCUACCUCUUGAGAUCAGAUCAACGCGUAAAGAUCGUUCUACGGCAACAACCACCAGAAGUUCGCAACAAAGUUGAGGAUUUCCGUAGUGUUCUGGGUAAAGUAACUAAUGCCAUUGUGAACGUGGAUGAUUUCCGAAUCCAUGAAAACAAGGAUGGAUCUGUGGAUAAAACAAAAACUGACGUAUACCUUCAUCUGGUGGAUCCCAUGGAUAAUUCAAUUCUUGAAGUGGGUGAUGUACUCAGACUCAUUGAUCAGAAUAUUGAGAAACUGGAUGAUCUUUUCAAAGAAUUCAAUGUACUGGACACUCAACCUGCCGAAGCCUUACUACUAACCAGCGAAAUGAGCGGGAAAUCCUUCCUCAUCUGGUUGGUAUUUUCCAAUCUCAUUGUAGGGGCUCUUCUGAUCAUCGUUUUAGGACUCUGCAUGUCCCAAAGAUCGAACUACAAGAGGCAAUUAAGGGCAGCAAGGGUCAAUACUUAUGGUCCUGGAGUGUCUGAUCUUGCAGGUCGCGGAAUUGCUUCAAGAGUGCCAAAUACGAAUAAACACAGCAUGGAGGGUAGCAAUCCAAUCUGGUUGAAGGCAUACGAAAAUGAAUGGUUCAAGAAUGAUGACAACUUUAGUCAAGGUAGCGGAGGAAAUGACUCUAUAGACGAAAAUAUUAUAGUCAACGAUCAAUACAACGCGAAGCAGAAUAAGCAAAUUAAUACUCAUAAUGACAUCAAUCGACAAUUCAACGUGUAUCAGCAGAUUGACAAGCUCACCAAUGCUCACAUCCUGGCCAAGAAGUUGGAGACGACAGAGCUGUAGGGAAUGGAAGAUGUGUGAUUCCAGCGACGUGGGAUGCAUUUAAUUUAUGAAUUAAUUUAUGUAGAACAGAUGCCUUUUGUAUAAUCAGAUUUUUGGAAGAGUAUUAAAAGAGUCCUUUUGG